UAUAUCAAAACCCCAUCGUUUGUGUAUUUUCCAUGAAUUAUGGACGAUAAAGAAAGAUAAUAUAAGAAUUGACUAACAUCUCUAUCGACUAAUGAAUUGAAAUUCAUUUUCUAAUUCUUAUGCAUCGUUCCAAGAGUCUCGUUGAGGGAGCUAACCAUCAGAUGACGUAAAUACUCGACGAGAGGAGCAUAUUUUUCUCCAAAAAAUACCGGCUACCCCCACCGCCCCCAUGGAGUCCCGAGCAGUGAAAGACGCUCCCCCCCUGGAGGACGCGCCGUCAGACACGUCCACCCCGCAACGACCGCUGCUAAACGACAGAUCUGAGACCCCAGACAGCAACCGCGCGGACUCAGUCUCCUCCAGCCCCAAGAUCUCCAAGCCAGUCCUGGGUAAGGCCCAAGCGAAGAAGCGUCUGAUGGCCUUCGCCAAGUUCAACGCCUCGGUUAAGCAAGCCCUCGAGAAAUCCAAAGAGAAACUCCAGCAAAACCCCCCCAAAGACGCCGAUCAAAAGCCGAAACCAGAGCCCCCGAAGCCCCCAGGGAACCCCGAGAACCCCCUGGACCCCCCGCCAGACUCCGAGGACGACCAGAAGUCCCAGGCCUCCACCAAGAAAUCCAAGAAACUUUCCGAGAAGAAGCUCCCAGCGAUCGAGGAAAUAAUCCAAGAGGAGGCUCGCCGAAAGCAGAUGAUAGCUGGUGAAGUUGUCGAAAAACCCCCGACCCAGGAAAAAGCCCCUCCCAAACCCCAACCGGACCCCAGAGGGCGCGACUCCAGCCGAAGAUCGCGGGAGGGUCGUUCCAGGAACUGGGAGGACUCCAGACGAUUUCCUCGCUCAAGCGACAGGAAAUCCCCCCACAGAAGCUCCUUCGGCUCCUCAGACACUUCCAGAAGACGAAGAACCCCCGAGAGGGACCGAGGGCGGAGCCGACGGGACCGAAGACGAAGUGUCUCUCAAGAAGACCAGAAUCCCAAGGGCAAGGACCCAGAGAAGGACCCCGAACCCUCGGACGCCAGAGUCGACCGUAGAAGCAGAAGCAGGAGGUCCAGGAACCGCAGCAGGAGUUACUCGGAGACCGAGAACAACUGGAGAGCCUUCAAGUCCCAGGGCCACGUCGUCAGGGGUAAAAUCCCCCACAGCGACCCUCCCAACGCCCCAGGAGUUGACUUGAGGUCGAAAAACCCCCAAGAGUUCAAGAGCCAUUUUGAUCAGAUGCUGAUGGUGAGUGACGUCAGGUCUCCCAGGGCCUCAGUCCUGGUCAAUGGGAUCGACGAUGGGCUGAGGGAGUACCCCCCAGAGUCCAUCAGGAUCACCAGGAGGGUCAAGGGAAUGGUGUACUCGGAGAACCCCAACGUCUCCUUGUACUUGAGCAAGAGGAGACUGGCGCAGGUGCUGCCUCCUGAGAGGUGCAGGAUCAUGAGGGAGAUCAGUGAUGCUGACUUCAAGGACUUGGAGACCUACGAGGCAGCGGCCACGAGAAACUGGUACAAGAGGAUUGAUUCUCAUGGGAGGCUGGAGAUUGUCAGGAGGUCCAGUUUGAGGGAUCCUCCUGGGGAGGUCCCUCCGAAGUCCAAGUGGGAGGUGGAGGAGGAUUCUAAACAUCAAGAGGAUCGUACUGAGGAGGAUGUCGAGAAAACCCCUGAAAAAGGGACAGUGGAGGGGAUGACAACCCCUGAGGAGCAGAAAAUUGAGGAAGCUAGAGAGGAUGGGGAGAUUGAGGAGGGAGAGGUGACCAGUGGGCUCGCCUCUGAGUACGAGGAGUUCAUGAAGAUGGUGAGCACCGAGCCUGAAGGCUCUCCGAAGGACUCUUCGUCAUCUCCAGAGGUGAAAUCCCCGAGAGAGACUGCGAAAGUUGUCGAAGUCAAGGCUAAAAAAUUAACAGAAACUGAAGAGGAAGCUCCUCGUGAAGAUCCUGGAGAGGGAAAAAUAGUUUCUCCGAAGGAGGAGGCCCCGAAGGUCGCAGAGAAGGUGAUAGUGGAGGAGGAAAAAUCUGCGGAGUCUGAGGAGCCCCCGAAGUCGAAAGAUUCCAAGGCCCUGAUGAAGAAAACACCCACCAAGAAGCCCACGAAGAGGAAGAAACCGACGUCGACAGAGACGAGUGACUCCUCGAGUUCGGACUCUGAAUACGAGAGACGAAAACGAAAGCGAAGGAGACGGAAGAAGAAGAAGAGAUCGAGGGACUCCAGCACUUCCAGCAGCAGCAGCAGUGACGACUCGAGCAGUGAGGACGUUCCCAGAAGACGAAGGAAGACCUCGAAGAAACGAAGGAAACAGAAAAAGCUGAAACUACGAAGGAAGAAAUCCAGGAGGGACUCUUCGGAUUCAGACUCCAGCAGUUCUCCAGAGAGAUCCCGCAGGCGAAAGAGGAAGAAGAAAGUGAUCUCCAAGCACUCGAAGACGUCCAAACAAGAGCGAUCUAGGACCUCAGAGAAGCGAAAGCUCCAGAAGAUAAAGAAAGAAAUCGAGGAGGAAGACAUUCCCCUGGAGAAAGAUCCCAUUCCAACUCCAGCUGACGUUCUUGACGAGAAAGACCCUCUGAAGAUCGAACAAAUCGUCAUAAAAAUCGAGAAAAACAUCACUCCUAGUGCCUCCGAGCAGGAGGAGGGAGAGAUCAUGGAGACAAUAGAAGAGAAUCCCCCGGAAUCUCCAGAAUUCCAACUGGAGAAAGAGAAAAUUCCAGAGGAGUUGACAGACCAAGAGAAAAUCGCUUCAAUCCCAAUUCCUGAGGAAGUCCACCCCCCGGAGGUCUUGAAACCCGAGGAAAUCCCUCUGCCAGCGACUCCAGAGGUCUGCAAGGACAUUCCCCUUCCCCCGAAGGAGAACCCCGAUGAGGAACUCCUGGAGAAGAAGAAGAAAAUUGAGCUGGAGCUCCAGAAGACCCGAAAACUCAAGAGCUCCCAGAAAAAACGAAGCGGCUCUGUGAGUAGUACCUCGUCCUCCAGCAGCUCCAGCAGUUACUCCUCGUCCUCCAGCAGUUCCAGGGAUUCUGGAAGAGAUAAAAAAAAGAAGGACCACAGGAAGAGGUCGCAGGGGCCGACGAAAUCCUCGGGGACGAUCAAGAAGCCCAGGAAAUGCCUCACAGAAUUCGAUUUUGAUUUUCCUUCGUUGACGCAGCUGGAGAAGACGAGAACGUUGAUUGAUGACUGGGAGGUGGACUCCAUGGAGGAUGUGGAGGAUCUCCCGAAGGACAAGUCCAAGAAACUGAAGAAGAUCGAGAAGGAAGUGAGGUACGACCAGAGAACCGACACUUACAUUGCUGUUGACAAAGAACUGGUGAAGGAGAACAAGAAGAAACAGACUGGGAGGGUUUGCUUGAGGAUCUGGGAGGACGAAGAAGAGGAAGGGGAGCGAGAGGCUUUGCUGAUGAAAACUGAUCCUGCUAAAGCGACAGAAGCUGCGGCUCCAGUUGAAGACCCGAAAACGAAGGAUGAAGCAGAACCUGAGGAACGAGUUGAAGAUCCUGGAGAUAACAAGGUUGAGGAGCGGCUGGAGAAGUCUGAGGAACCUCCUGCCCCUGAGGAGAAGCCUCCGGAGGUCAGGAGGCCUCGAUGGGAGAAGAAGUCCUCAGAUUUAUCAACGGAUCCACCCACACCUGAGGGCCCCCUGGUCCCGGUGAACUGGGAGGAAGAGGAGGAGUGGACGAGCUCACUGAAACCGCUUGAUGUCAAGCCAGUGCCUCCAGCUUCCCCUGAGAAACCAAAACCAGAAGCUGAGGAAUCUAAAACUGAGGAGAAACCUGAAGACGAUGUCGGGGAAAAUGCUGAGGCUGAGAAGGUGGAUCUGUACAGCCCGAGUUCCCCAGCUGAUUCCCAUAAAUCGGAGGCUGGGGGAGGUACUUCGGAGUCUAGUGAAUCCACUUCGGAGGAUCCAUCAUCAGAAUCCUCGUCGGAAUCACUGGAGUCGUGUAAAGUUGAGGCAGCAAAAGUCGAAGGGCCUCAGGCUGAAGAGGCUAAAUCGUCGACUCCUCCUCUAGUGCCUCCACCAAAAGAUGAUGAUUUCCUCCUGGAGAAAUGCACGGAGGGCCCCAAGGAUCCUCUCCACCAGCUGAAACUAGACAUGUUUUCAAAAUUACGUGAACAGGAACUCGAGAAAAUUGAGAAUAAAGAGGAGGAACGGGACGUCACCCCCAAGAAGUCCCCUAAACCUCCAACAGAGACUGCACCGAAGGCACCAGCUGAGCCCUCACCGAAGUCAAAAGAAGUUUUUAAGAAUACGUUUGUAGAGAUCACCCCUCAGACCUCUAAGUCCCCAGAGCGUCGGAAGAUCUCACCUAGGGAUUCAGAGAAAUCGAAAGCCAGGAUCUCGGAGGAGAGGACCAGCAACUCCAGCUAUAGGAGCAGUCGAAGUUCUGCGAAAGAGCCGGAGAAGCCGAAAAUUGAGGAGAGGAGGAGGGAUCGGUCACCCUCUCCUAGGAGGAGAUCCCCGGGGGAGAGGAAGUACAGGAGGUCGCCUUCCUGGAGGAAGAGGCACAGCAGGAGUAGGUCCAGAAGCUGGUCCAGGAGCAGGAGUAGAAGUCCUGAUAGGAGGGAUCGACAGAAGAGGUUUAGACAUCCUGGAGAGGGACGAGAGAGAUACAGCCCAGGGCGUUCCAGGGGGAGAGAGAGAAGGGACUGGAGUCUGGAGAAGUCUUUGGAUAAGGGUUAUGAUCCUCUGGAGAUCUUCAGGGGUAGCAAGAGGUUCGAACCGCGGAGGGUGGAGGUGCCCAGGGAGGGGAGUGACUCCCAGGAUCUUUACGAUGUCCGACGUCUGCUGGAGCUGCCUUUCGACGACAGGGGUUUCUCGAGGGAGAGGAGUCUCGACAGGGACAUGAUGGAACCGAUCAUCCCUCCCCUGUGUCCUGACUUGGAGCUCAAGUGCAGGUACAGGAGAGAGAGGGAGUGGGAUCGAAGGGAGGGCGAGAGGAUGAGGAGGAGGUCCCCAGAGAGGAGAAGGGAGAGGAGGAGAUCUCCCAGGAGGGACAGAGACAGGGAGAGGGUGAGGGAAAGGGAGAGAGAGAGGGAGAGGUUUUUGUCCAGGUCGAGGUCGAGAUCGUGGUCGAGGAGUCCUGCGAGGAGUCGAGAGAGGUCGAACAGCAGGAGCAGAGAGAGGUCCAGGGAGAGAUCAAGGAGGCAGAGUCUGGAGAGGAGCAGGAGGAAGUCGAGGUCCAGGUCGCUUUCUCCCAGGAGACGGAGACAGGAGAGGUUCAGGAGGAGCCCGAGUGGGGACAGGGGGAGGAAGAUUGAGACUAUCAUGCAUCCUUCUGGGAUGAAUUCUCCGGCUCCUGAGGAUAGUGGGGCGAUGAUCAAUGAGGGCACGCAGGGGGCUUCGAGCUUCAGGUAUCAGCCAGAGCCUCCCGAGGACUUCACUUACUACCCGAGCAACAACCUGACGUACCCCCCACGCGUGGAGGACUCGUCAGGCUCUCCAAAACGCCUCUCCCUGGACGACCGCCUGGAGCUUGAGCUCGGAAUAAAAAAAUCCCAAGAAGGCCCACCCUAUUCCCCCAGUUACCCCCACAUGCUGCCAGCAUCAUCGAUCCCACUGCCUCCAUCCCCAGCCCCAGGGCCCAGUUUCCACCGUCCCCCUACAGUCCUGCAAGUAGGCAACGUCCUCCAGGUGGUCCCCAGGGACUACCAGCCCGCUGGAGUCCCCCCAGUCCCCUGUCCAGACAUUCCGCCAUCCCCAGUGCCACCAGCAGCCAACGGCAACCGAGUCCUAAGGGUUGGAAACGUCCUCCAAGUCGUGCCAACCACAAACCUGGACUGGAGUGCGACUGGAGCCCCCCUCGUCAGCCUGGACAGACCCCCUCCAGCAUUCCCACCCCCUCCAGUCCCCAGUGUCCCCUCGUCCCCUCGCCCUGUCCCCGUCCCCGUUCCCCAGGUGUCCACUCCAGCAGUUCUACCCAAAUUACCGCCACCUAAAUCCCCACCAGUGCCUCAGCCCGUCUAUAAUUACGAGGCAAUUCUGGAGGCUAGGAAGAAGGAGAAAGAGGAGAGACGAAGGUUGAGGGAGGAGAAGAGGAGUGAAAAAGAGAACCGGAGGAUCAUCAGGAUGAGGAAGAGGGCUGAGAAGGUUCUGGACAGAGUUGCUCGAGCCAACGAGACUGCUGAAGAGGCGCCUGAGACUCCAGAGGAUCCAAACAAAUUGGUUGACGAUGAGGAGGAGGAAAAUGCUGCUGGAACUCCUGGAGAGGGGUCUGGAGAUGUCAAGGAGUUCGGGGGGGAUUUCGAUGAGGACGAGGAGGUGGACCUCGAGGGUGACGUCGAUGAGGAUGAUGAAGAGGAGGACGAGGUGGAGGAGAGUGAGGAAGAGCAGGAGGACGAAGACAACAGGGUGAUACCUGGGCUAGGGGAUCUGAAAGAAUGCGAAGGGAGGGUUGAUGUUGAAGGGUCUGGAGGUGUUCUGCCAGCACCGAAGAAGGGGAUUCUGGUGCCUCCAGGGCUGUGGGCGAAUAGACUGCUCAAUGGAGAUGCUGAGGAGAGGAUCGACGCACCUGAGGGGUCGAACGAAGGUGAGAAAGAGGCUGGGGUUGAGGAGUUGGGGGAUGAGGAAGGCAGGGAGGAGAGGGAAAAGAGGAUGAGGACGAAGAGGGCGAGGGCUAGGAGGAAGGCUGUGCAAUUUGCCGAUGGGGUGAAACCUGGGGAGGGGACCAGCCCCAGUGGCGGUGAGGGGGACAUGCCCUCCCCUCCGCCACCUGUUUCGUCUUCGAUUCAUGAUCCUGUGAGGGAGAUGGUGAAGAAGAGGAUGAGGAAGAGGGAGAGGAAGAAACCGAAGAGGGUGAAGGUGGUGAAGACUAAAAAGAAGGUGAAGGUGAAGAUAAUCAAGCUGAAGAAACCGAGGAUAACACCCUUGACAGCCCUGAUGUUGGACGAAUCAGACGAAAUGGAUGAUCGAUCCCCACCUCCACCACCCCCAGGCUCACCACCUCCCCCUCAUCUAUGGCCAAGCUACCUAGCUGCUUACAGUGCAACCUUGAAGGCAGUGGAGACCGUUGUGUCGCCUCCCAGUGCACCUCAAACAGCACCACCUCCCACUCCACUUCCACUCCUUGUGCCACCCCCUCCGUUGAAUUACACUAUUCAACCCCUCAACAAGGCUUGAGUUGAGGUUUCUGGAAGACUAACAUCCACUUUGGAUGGUUGAGGGUGGGAAACUGUAUAUAGAGUAUUUUAUUUCAUCUGUUCUUUUCUGUAUAUCAUAAUAUGACUACAUCCUGUCUAUCACUUGUCUAUUUUUUUGUAUGAGAGAGAUAAUGUCUAUUGAUGAAACAUAUUGUGAACUCGUUAUGUUGAAGGAUUAUGAACAUUUCAGUAAAAUAUAUGACUUGACAAAUUUUGCAAUGAU